CCAACCCUUCCUCCUUCCUCAAGCGCGUCAGCUCCUCCGCCCCGGCGACCCGAGCGAGAUGGUUUCCGCCGACGCAGCUCGCAACGUCGUCGGUAUCAUCGGGAAUGUCAUCUCCUUCGGCCUCUUCCUCUCCCCUACGCCGGUUUUCUGGCGGAUCAUCAAGGCCAAGGACGUGGAGGAGUUCAAGCCGGACCCCUACCUGGCGACGCUGCUCAACUGCAUGCUCUGGGUCUUCUACGGCCUCCCCAUCGUCCACCCCAACAGCAUCCUCGUCGUCACCAUCAAUGGGAUCGGGCUCGUCAUCGAGGGAUCCUACCUCAUCAUCUUCUUCCUCUACUCCACCAACAACAAGCGGCUGAAGAUGAUAGGCGUGCUCGCCGCCGAGGCGGCGUUCAUGGUGGCCGUCGUGCUCGGCGUGCUCCUCGGUGCCCACACCCACGAGAAGCGCUCCAUGAUCGUCGGCAUCCUCUGCGUCAUCUUCGGAACCAUCAUGUACGCCUCCCCACUCACCAUCAUGGGUAAGGUGAUCAAGACCAAGAGUGUGGAGUACAUGCCAUUCACCCUGUCGCUGGUUAACUUCCUCAACGGCUGCUGCUGGUUGGCCUACGCGCUCAUCAAGUUCGACCUCUACGUCACGAUCCCCAAUGGCCUCGGUGCUUUCUUCGGCCUCAUGCAGCUCAUCCUCUACGGCUGCUACUACAAGAGAACCCCCAAGGAGGAGAAGAGCGUCGAGCUGCCCACCAGCAACCCCGCUGGAGCCGGCAACGUCUCCGUCACCGUGGACAGAUAAGCAUUGGCUUGCAGCAGCAGCAGCAGCAAACUCGCCGUCGCCAAGUGAUUCUGGUCCGGCCGGCGGCCGAGAUUUUAGCCCUAAACAUUUUGAGUAGUUAAAUUCCGGAUGAUCGACGCUUCAACAAGUGUGGUGUGCUAGUCUUUGUUAUGAUUAGCUAGUCUUGAUCGAGUGUGCGUUUCGUGGUGUGCCCUCGUGCAACUUAGAACUAUAUUCGUGCAGAGGAGCAGACUGGAACUUAAUAUAUGU